GAGUGGAGGCAGCCACACGAGUACACUACACACUAUUCAGUCAGUCUUGCUUGCGCUGGUCUACAAGUCGCUUCGUAUGUCAUAUAAAUAUUUAUCAUCAUAAUUAUUGUUAUUGUUGUUAUGCAUUUUAAUUUUUAAAUUCAAUCCGCGCGCUUGUGGUGUCUGUUAACGGCAUAAUUCAACUCCAUAAAUAUUUUAAUCGCUACUUAACACAACUCGAGUAGUUUUCAAAAUUAAAUAAUCGCGGGAGUUCAAAAUCAUUGUCCGUUCACGUCUAAUUAGUGGGACAUUAGUAAUAUCGAUGACUGUACUUACAUUGUGAAUUGCAGUGGUGACUCGUUAGUGUGACUCGUUCGAAAUACUUCUGAAUUACGCAUACUGUCAAUGAUUUAAAUAAAAAUUUAAAAAAAAAAACCGCGACUGCACACGGACUUAAGUUGCAUUAUUUCGAGCCCGAGCAAGGUGAGUGAAGGCAGAUAGGAGUACUAGAGUACCGGGUAUCGGAGUAUAAGGAUAAGGAUAAGAGGGAGACAGAUAAGAGGGAUGCUGAAACACGUGUCGAUAUCACCCUGGAGAGGAAGAUGCGACAGUGUCAGCCUGGCCUCCAGCAAUGGGGACAACAGUAGCUGCGGAAGCGGAAGUCCAACCCCUAGUCAUACUCCACCACCCUCACGUGCCUCAUCUUGCGCAUCUCUAAUUCCACUUACUGCGCUAUCAUCUUUUUCACCUGCUGAUAAUGCCCCGCAACAAACGACAAUAAAAGUGUAUGCUAAUUGUCUAAGACCAGAUAUAGAAUACAAAACACUGUCAAUAACAUACGAAACAACAUGUCACGAAGUCGUGGAAAAUUUACUAAAUAAAUAUCGAAUGAGACACCGGGACCCGAGGCUCUUUUACAUGACUAUGGAAGUCACUGUCAGACGGGCUAAUGUCAGGACUAUUUUACCCCUAGAUGAAGAUGCUAGACCUGCUGUACUACAAUCCUGUCAUCCACGUGGUGAUUCAAGAUUUUCACUUCAAACACGUCGCGGUGGAUUAGUAAAAAUAUAUGACAGCGCAUUAAUGUCCGGAUCUAAAUACAAAAGUCUACUGAUAUCCGAGCGGACGACAGUGGACGAGUUGAUUCAAAUGCUGCUGAAUUGCUACAACUCAACCGAGCGAGUCGAGCAAUUUUCCCUGUACGAAGUCUGCGAAGGCGAAGAGUACCAGCGCAAGUUGCAUCCCGAUGACUCUCCGCUCAAAGUCACCCAGAAGUGGACGAGUAUCGACAGACACCUUCGCAUCCGCAGGAAUCCGGACUACGACCCACAUAGGAGAAAGAGUAUGUGGGCAUCAGAUUCAACGAUAAGUGCAGCGUUAUCGCGGCUACAUCUUCAGAAUAAAAUUCAUUUGUCACAACAAAAUUUGUCUUCUGAUAAAUCCAAAACUCAUGAUAAUUUAAAUAAUAAUAGUAAUAAUAAUAAUAAUAAUACUAGUAAUAAUAGUAGUAGUAAUAAUAGCAGUAAUAAUAAUAAUAAUAACACUAGUAGUAAUUCAAAUCCAAGUUUGUCUGCGUCAUCACACUGCCUGCUACUGCGUCAGCGAGCCAAAUGUAAAGUAAAUAACAACAAUAGACAUAAUCAUAAUCAUAAUUACCCGAAUAAUGUUACUGUGAGUAAAAGUAACAGUUCUAUGAGUACGAGUACGAGUACGAGCGAGGAAUGUGGAAGAAACCCACUGACUCGUACCACCAAAAUGUCUAAUUUAUUGCCGCAGAGUUUGCCCUCGACUCCGCUGACGUCAAAACAUCUCGGGGCAUCCCGGUUCUCAAAUUAUGAAAAUUUUUUUUAUAUAUAAUUUAUAAAGUUAUUAUUGCCUGUAAAGUAUUUAUUUAUUUAAUGAUUAUGAUUAUAGUGAUUGUUGAUUUUAAAUUACCAGUUUAUUUUUUUUCUUUUUUUUUUUUUU